ACGUCUGUCUUCUGUUGAAAGAUUUAACCUUGGUAAUCAUCUGUGGACUGUGGUUCGAGUAUAUAUUUAUUUCACAGACAUUAAGUUUGAAUUUUUGUUAUUGAAUAUAUCAUUUGCAAAUAACCAAAUUCUUUUACUUACUAUUGGGUGAUAAUUUUCUUGUAGUCAUGGAAAAAAUAGAAAUAAGCUCUAAAUCCAUUUCGGAAAAAAUUGGCUUUAUUGGAGGAGGAAAUAUGGCUAAGGCAAUUUGCGAAGGGAUAGUAAACAAAGGUCUCCUGAAAUAUGAUCAAGUUUAUGUAUCUGGACCGAAUCUCAAUAACCUGUCUGUUUGGAAAGAAAAGGGUGCUCAGAUAUUCACAGAAAAUGGAAAAGUUGUGGAACAUGCUGAUGUGAUAUUCUUAGCAGUCAAACCUCACAUUCUACCCACAGCAAUAGCCAACAUGUUCGAUACUUUAAACGAAAAUUCGUUGAAUUCAAAGUUAUUCAUUUCCAUAUUAGCAGGAACGCCCAUCGAAAAAUUGGAAAAUGUUUUGUCGAAACUUCAUGGUAGCAGAGUAAUAAGGGUAAUGCCGAACACUCCUAUGAUGGUUGGGGAAGGUUGUACCGUAUUCAGCCCGGGGCAAAGAGCAACAGACAGAGAUAUAGAACUUGUCAGAACUCUCCUUUCCGUAACUGGAGUGUGUAAGGAAGUACCCGAAUCAUUGAUAAAUGCUGUCGGGGCUCUUUCAGGUAGCGGACCUGCAUUUGUUUAUUUGAUGAUAGAAGCCCUAGCAGAUGGUGGUGUUAAAAUGGGCAUUUCUCGACAAUUGGCUAUAGAAUUUGCUGCACAGACAGUUCUUGGGGCUGCCAAGAUGGUGAAAGAGAGUGGAAAACACACAGGACAGCUGAAAGAUGAAGUCUGUUCACCAGGAGGUACAACUAUAACGGGUAUACAUGCUUUAGAAAGGGGUGGAGUUAGGGCUGCUUUCAUGGAUGCCAUUGAGUGUGCUACAAAGAAGUCCAUUGAAAUGUCAGAAAAAAGACAUUGAACAAGAACUUGUAUAUGUACUAAAUGAAUCAAUACAGUGUGACAGUAAAAUUCAAGAAUUGCUGAUAUAUUUUAUAUAAUUUAUAAUUUUUUGUUACAAUUUAGAAAUCGUUCAAUUUAUUUUUUGCAUUACAUUAUCUACAAAGUCUGUGAGCAAACAAUGAUUUUUUGGUAUGAACAUAUAUUCUGUUUGAACCGGCAUGAUUGAACUUACAUUACCUUAAGAGAAUAUAGAUAUAAAAUAUGAAAGUAGGAAAAUAAUAUAAAUAAAUUAAGUAGAAAAAGAAUGUGAAUGUGCAAAUCAGUUGGCAAUGAUGUGAGAGAUGAUUAUUGUGAAUUGAAUUAAGAAGAGACUAAAUUCAUUUGAAUAGAUUAUUAGCUCAAAGCAGUAUGUCAAAAAUUUUUGAGUGAAAAAAUUUAGGAUUCAACAUAUGUGAACCAAAGCUUUGCAUACCAGAACAAACAGAGGCUCUUGCUCAAGAAUAAUCCAUUGGACAGGAAAUCCAUAGGAUCUGAAUUUAUGAGUUUAUGCAAUAAAUUGAAGUAUUAAUGAAAUAAAUAUUAUUUGAGGUCCUA